CGUAGUGUUUCAUGUUGACGUUGGCGUGAAAGCAGCCGCUACUCGAGAGUUUACGGUAAGUUGGACCUGUAGGACACUGCCUACGUAGAGCGUUACACGAGUGCUUUGGGUGUGUGGAUGGACGCAGAGUGUCUCUAAAGUUUGGACAGUCGGUGGAGAUCAUCAUGUAGGCGGCUGAUCUUUAACACAUCGGAUUGUUGUUCAGUCUCAGCGGGUUUCUUGGAGGUGGUAAAGGUGUGAUCGGUCAGUAGCGUCAUGGCGAGUCUGGAGGAGAAAACAGAGCAGUGGUUUCACUCUGGGGAGUGUGACACCUGUCUGAAUGAUGAACAACUCGACUCCAUCAGAAACAACAGCGAUUUGCGAAAGUUUUUCGUGGUGCAUCAUCUGGUUGAUCUCAAGGAGGAAGGAAUAUCUCCAUUUCUCCAUAACACACCCAUCACCUGCAAAGUGGAAAACACUGAGAGAUACACUACUCGUUCCAAGGUGCGCGUGUGCACUCUGUAUACGGUGCGCCUGACCCAUGGUGAGUUCACCUGGACAGUGAAGAGGAAAUAUAAGCAUUUUCAGGAGCUGCAGAGGGAUUUGUACAAAUACAAGAUGAUGCUGCAGUUUCUUCCCCUUGGGAGGUUUGCCAUUCAGAGGCAGCAGUUAGAGACCAUGAGUGAGGAGAUGCCCACUCUACAUGGCACAGAGAGGAUGAGGAGGACGUCCAGCAAACCGAAAUAUCUGGAGGAGUAUCUGAACAGCCUGCUGGAGAACACGUUCUGCAGGAACUACAAUGGCAUGCUGGAAUUCCUUGCGGUCAGUCCUCUCUCCUUUAUCAAAGACCUUGGACCCAAAGGCCUUGAAGGUUUUAUUUUGAAGAGGUCAGGAGGACACCGCAUUCAAGGCCUCAACUGCUUCGGCCAUCAUCAAUUCUGCUUCCGUUGGUCACACCGCUGGCUGGUGGUCAAAGACUCCUUCCUGCUGUACAUGUCCAGAGAUCCUGGGCUGGUGUCGUUCGUGCUGCUCUUUGAUCCUGAGCUGAAGGUUCUGGUGGGCCGCUGCUACACCGACACCAAGCAUGGAGUGUGCAUCGAAAACUUCAGCAGGAAGCUGAUCAUUAAGUGCAACAGCUACAGGCAAGCUCAGUGGUGGAGUCAUGAGAUUCGUCGUCUGUCUGAACGCUGUGAUUUCCUCCAGAUGCACCGCUUUGAUGGCUUCGCCCCACAGAGACCUCACACCUUCACUAAAUGGUAUGUGAACGGCAGUGGCUAUUUUUCGGACGUGGCAGAUGCUCUGGAGAAAGCGAAGGAGGAGAUCUUCAUCACUGACUGGUGGCUGAGCCCUGAAGUCUUCCUCAAACGUCCCGCCAGAGGAACGUACUGGCGUCUGGACCAGAUCCUCAAACGCAAAGCAGAGCAGGGGGUGAAGGUGUGCAUACUGUUAUAUAAGGAGGUGGAGUUGGCUCUGGGCAUUAACAGUGACUACAGUAAGAGAGCCCUGAUGAAUCUGCACCCAAACAUCAAGGUGAUGCGUCACCCUGAUCACGUGGCCUCUGUGGUGUUCUUGUGGGCUCAUCAUGAGAAGAUGGUAGUCAUCGACCAAACAGUGGCAUUUGUAGGCGGGCUGGACCUUGCCUUUGGGAGAUGGGAUGACAGUAGCUACAAGCUGAUUGAUGUGGCACCUUCCAAAACAGCUAAUCACAGCCCGAGACCAGUGCCAGAGAUGGAAGGGGAAGACGGCUCCACUGUUCCUCUUUCUGAUGGAGAUCCUGGGGAAGCUCCUGUCGGUCAUGAUGAGGUGGAUUUGAGCUGUAAUGCUCUCUUAUGGUUGGGCAAAGACUACAGCAACUUCAUCAAGAAAGACUGGACACAGCUGGACCAGCCUUUCCAAGAUAAUGUGGACCGGACACAGGUGCCACGUAUCCCAUGGCGUGACCUUGGAGCAGUUGUUCAUGGGAAAGCUGCCAGGGACCUGGCACGGCAUUUCAUCCAGCGCUGGAACUUCACCAAGAUUUUUAAAAUAAAGUACAAAGAUAAGUUUUACCCAUGUCUGCUGCCCAAGAGCCACUUUACUGCCAACGACCUGCCCUUUACUGUACCUGGAGCAGCAAAAGCAUCUGUACAGGUUCUGCGCUCAGUGGAUCGCUGGUCAGCGGGAACCUGUGAGUGCUCCAUCCUCAAAGCCUACAUAUGCACUAUCGAGAACAGCCAGCAUUACAUCUACAUAGAGAAUCAGUUCUUCAUCAGUUGUGCUGAUGAGAAGAACGUUCACAACACCAUCGGAGAUGCCAUCGUUAAGAGGAUCCUACGUGCCCACAGUGAGAAGAAGAAGUACCGGGUGUUUGUUGUGGUCCCUCUCUUACCUGGCUUUGAAGGAGACAUUGCUGAAGGAGGAGGCAGAGCCAUACAGGCGAUACUGCACUUUACCUACAGGACGAUGAAUCGUGGCGAGUUCUCCAUUCUGUCCAGACUGAAGGAACAGAUGCAGGAUGAAUGGACACAGUAUAUCUCCCUGUGCGGCGUGCGCACACACUCGGAGCUCGGCCAGACGCCCAUUACUGAACUCAUUUACGUCCACAGCAAGGCCCUGAUUGCUGAUGACCGCUGCUACAUCAUUGGGUCGGCUAACAUUAAUGACCGCAGCAUGCUGGGCUCUCGGGACAGCGAGCUGGCCGUGCUGGUGGAGGACGAAGAGAGGGUUCCGUCACGCAUGAAUGGAGAAGAGUACGAAGCAGGACCUCUCGCGCUUGCCCUGCGCAAAGAGUGCUUCAGGGUCCUGCUGGGGGCGAAGUCUGACCCACCAAUUGAUAUUGAUGACCCAGUCAGCGAUCAGUUCUUCAAUGAUGUCUGGAACAAAAUCGCCCAAUCAAAUGCCUCCAUCUAUGAAACGGUUUUCCGGUGUCUUCCGCUGGACUCGAUCCGUAACAUGCGCGAGCUGCAGGAACACGUGAGCACACGGAACCUCGCCCAGACGGACCCAGAGCGAGCCAGCCGCGAGCUUCAGGCUGUCAGGGGCAUCCUUGUUCACUUCCCCCUGCACUUCCUGUGUGAGGAAAACCUGCUCCCACCGCCCGGCACGAAAGAGAGAAUGGUCCCUUUGGAGGUGUGGACGUAGUAUGGACUGGACAGUGGAGUUUGUGGUGUGAUAAGCGGACAAUCUGAACCUGUAAACACUCAUUAUCUGCUCUAUGCCCACUGAACUGGACGUCAUGGGUUUAGUGUGAUAACGGACCAAACCGCCUGCACUAAUGUGAUAGAGAAUAGGGGUUGGUGGUUGGAGAGAGAUUUUUCUAACCACACUGAAUUGUGCUAUAGCCUGUAUUGUGUCAUUUUCUUUCUCUGUGGGAGCGACGGAGGUAGCGGUGUAAAUCUCUGGCCUCGCGAUUUGAUUUGAUUAUGAUUCUUUAGGGAAUAACUUGCCGCAGUCAUGAAAUAUCACCCUAAUUCAUUUUGAUUGAAAUUUUUAGGAAAUGGUUAAAGGCAUCUUCAGCCUUCACCACCAAGCGGAUUUGAUUCCGAUUCUGUAGAGAACGAUUCAGUGAAUCAUGCCGUCUCCAAUUUUGAUAUGGUUCGUUUCAAGCUGAUUCAGAUUCUUUUGGAAACUGCUCUGUAACGUGAAAUCUUAAGAUGGGCUGUGAUCGAGUCCAUGACGGUUCUUUAGGAAACGGUUCAGUGAUUCAGUGCAUCUUUACAGGAAGUGAUUUAGCGCAUCACUAAAUCAUAUUUCAACAUGA